GUGGGUUCCCCGGUGGGCGCUCGGGCUGGUGGGGCGGGGGCCGCCCCUGAGGUCCUUUCCCCGUGGCCUCCGCGACCUCACCCGAGCCUCCUGGAAGAGAAGGGUCUGCUAGGGAAAGUUAUUAACCCUUGUGGAGGGCCAAGCUUUCAGACCGUUUAAUCUGUAUUUCAAUCGUGAGGGAGAGAUGGGUGUCCUGCUCAUAGAGGAGGAAACUGAGGCCCCAAAAGGCUACCAUCAUGUGGGUCAUAUCAGCAAUGAAAUCGUCUGAAAGCUAAGAGCAGAAGCCUUUUUGGUCAACAUGGAGGACAAAAGACGGCGAGCCCGCGUGCAGGGAGCCUGGGCUGGCUCAGCCAAGAGCCAGGCCGUGGCUCAACCAGCUACCACUGCUAAGAGCCAUCUCCACCAGAGCCCUGGUCAGACCUGGACAAACAAGGAGCAUCAUCUGUCAGACAAACAGUUUGUAUUCAAAGAACCCCAGCAGGCAGUGCGCACAGCCCCGGAGCCGCGAGUGAUUGACAAAGAGGGUGUAUAUGAAAUCAGCCAUUCACCCACAGGCAUAUCUAGGGUGCGCUUGUAUCCUGGCUUUGUUGACUUGAGAGAAGCUGACUGGGUAUUGGAGCAGCUUUGUCGGGAAGUUCCCUGGGAACAGAGGACCGGCAUCAGAGAGGAUGUAACUUACCAGCAACCAAGACUCACAGCAUGGUAUGGAGAACUUCCUUACACUUACUCCAGAAUCACUAUGGAACCAAAUCCUCACUGGCACCCUGUGCUGUGCACACUUAAGAACCAAAUUGAGGAGAACACGGGCCACACCUUCAACUCCUUGCUCUGCAACCUUUACCGCAACGAGAAGGACAGUGUGGACUGGCACAGCGAUGAUGAGCCCUCGCUGGGGAGGUGCCCGGUCAUCGCCUCUCUCAGUUUUGGUGCCACACGCACUUUUGAGAUGAGAAAGAAGCCCCCGCCAGAAGAGAAUGGAGACUACACAUAUGUGGAAAGAGUGAAGAUACCCUUGGAUCACGGGACCUUGCUAAUCAUGGAAGGAGCUACGCAAGCUGACUGGCAGCAUCGGGUACCCAAAGAGUACCACUCUAGAGCACAGAGAAUAAACCUGACCUUUCGGACAGUCCAUCCAGACCCGAGAGGGGCGCAGCAGUGAUGUGAAAUCUUUGAGAGAAGCCGUGCCGACACUGAGCAACCCUUCCACUGUGAAGAAACUUCGAGAGGCUGGUCCAGCUGAGCUCCCCGGAUGGCUGUUUGGAAGACAAGGGUAGACUGACUUCCCAGCUCAGGGCCCUGUUAUCUACCAGCCAACAGCUCACAUCCAUAAUAUGUUUACGUGGGAACAGUAAUCCCUAAUCACAUCUUGAAAGCACAUAUUUUGUUUAGGCAAAUUAAAAACCCCUACAGCUACGCUCACAGAUGA